AUGGCAGUUCACAGACGCGGCAGCUCCAGUGUUGGAAUGCUUGUCUCUGCCUUGGCUGCAGCAACCUUGCUGCAAGAGGCCUUCAUCUUUUGGAGGAGGCCCAAGCACGAACUGCUCCUUCAACAAGUCGCGCCACCGCCCAUCAAUCCGAGCCAUAGCCGCCGAUUCAUCAUUGAUGCGCUGGCUUUGCUUGCGAGCACACAAGACAAUGCUGCGGAGGCAGCUCCAAUCCAGUACAAUGCCCAAUUGGCUGGGGACUUGAGCGAGGCUCAGAAAAGAAGCAUCAAGGCGUACCUGGAACGCCACAAAGAUACUCCCGAUGCUGAUGUGGUUGUGGGUGAGCGUCCACUGAAGGUCUACGUGAAGCCAACUGUCGAAGAGUUGACACCCGACAGCCCUGCGUUCAAGGCUCGCGUAGCGAGGGUGCUCCCACGGCUGGGCGAACGACUUGUUGAUGCGAAGACCGCUCAGAAGAUGCUAGAGGAUGGAGCAGUCCUGAUUGACGUUCGCACCCGCGAGCAGGUCCUGGAGCAGACUGGGGGCGAGUUGCCCAAGGCUGCUACAUUGGUGCCUCUGGAUGACUGGGCAGGAGGCGCACCCCCACCACUGAUGAAAGGCAAGAAGGUUAUCCUCACCUGUUUCCGCGGGAACAAGAGUGUGCUGGCAUGGGAAUCACUGCGCGCCCAGUUUGCAGAUGCCUACGUUCUGAUUGAUGGUGUUAUGGGAUGGAAAGCUGCUGGCAUGUCCACUCGCAACGUGUGA